GUGCAGUACAAGUACGGUACUCGAGUAUACAUAGCUCCUUUCUCUCUAUAAUAUCACCUAUGGUACGGUACAGUACCUUUACCCUUUUGUACCUUCUUGCUGUCACCUCUUACCGUACUGUACUUUUCCAUUCACCUCCGGGGCUUCUUUCUCGAAUCCUACCUCAUUGUUUCGACUGCAGCAGACGAUCCGGGCAUACCUGAUACAAUUCACUCAGAAUUGUAACCCCGUCUUGUCUUUCCGCACCCUCCAGCUCUAUUUACAGACAGCUAGGAAAAGGACAUACAUAUCAUACAGUAAACCGUUUUAAGUGACCAUAGGGGAAUAAAACGGGAUACGGUGCUGUGUUACAACCUGUACAGUACAGUACUCGCGAAUUUGCUGAAGAGAGAGAGAGAGAGAGAGAGAGAGACCUUUCGUUCGUUCUGUCCUCUCGGCUCGCUCACUCAUUCUUAAAACAAAGGAACAAAACCCUACGCCCCCCCCCCUCGACCGCAGCCGUGGCUCCCACAAACCGUCCACGUCGGCGCUCCACCAUUGGAAGCAACACCGGCCCACCUAAUCUCGGGAAUACAGGGGCCAACCCGUCAUCUGGUAUCUCGUUGAAUAACAAUUCUGCUUCCCAUUCAUCAUUCCCCCCGAUACCUCUUACGCCCCUCAUGAGUGCCGGGGGCGGCUUUUGGGGGAGCAAUAGCGACAAUAAUAACGCAUAUGCCGGGUCGCGGGCGUCUACCCCGAAUCUACCCUUAUCAAGAUCCCAUUCGCCUUUGCCUUCUGAACGGUCUUCACCGCCCACUUCAGCGAGCAGUGGCGGAAUGUGGCCCGGUCGAAAGGGUACCAGUAAUGGGAGCGCAAACAUUGGUGGUUACUCCCCUGCGAGGAAGUUCCUCGGGAAGCACUUGAGGAAGCUAUCAACUUCUCUGCCAAUCUACUCACCGUUUUCCCCGUCAUACUCUUCCUCGUAUCGUACUCCUUCAACACCCUUCCCUCUUGGUAGGCUAUGGAGCUGCUUUUCGUUAAAGAGGUCCAAAUUGAAUACGUUUCUGUUACUGGUUGGAGCUUUCGUGAUCUUUGUGUUUACAUAUUUACAUCACAACCCUGUGUCGAGCAAGAUUAGGUAUGCUUCCGGAGGUUCGAAGAUCGUCAUCAUCUUGGCCGCAAAUCAGGGUGGUGGCGUCAUGAGCUUGAAGGGAGCAAAGGAGUGGGCUGUGGAGAGAGACUCUAUUGCGAACAAGAAGGCGUAUGCUGAGAGGUGGGGAUAUCAUUUGGAGAUUAAGGAUAUGAGCACCAAGAAGAGAUAUGCGCAUGAAUGGAGAGAGAGCUGGGAGAAGGUGGAUGUCAUCAAACAGACUAUGAGGCAACAUCCUAAAGCCGAAUGGUUUUGGUGGAUGGAUCUGCAUACCUUUAUCAUGGAACCAUCAAUUUCCCUGCACUCCCACAUCUUCCGGCAUAUUCAAAAUACCACGUACAGGGAUAUCAACAUCUACAACCCACUCAAUAUCACCCAUCCCCUCCCGAAAUCCGAUUUCUUCUAUCUGGAUGGCGUAUCCCUUAGCCCCGUUGGUGAUGAUAAGGCUGAGAGCAUCAACCUCAUCAUCCCCCAAGACUGUGGUGGUUUCAAUCUUGGCUCCUUCCUGAUUCGUCGGAGUGAAUGGAGUGAAAGACUCUUGGACAUCUGGUGGGAUCCUAUCGGAUAUGAGCAAAAACACAUGGAAUGGGAACACAAGGAACAAGAUUCGUUGGAAUACCUUUACACCAAUCAACCUUGGGUCCGUACCGGAACCGCCUUUAUCCCCCAAAGAAUGAUCAACUCGUUCCCUCCUGGGGCCUGCGCCGAGACCCCCGAUGAUAAGAGAAUCUUUUACGAUGAGAAGGACCGUGAUUUCGUCGUUAACAUGGCCGGUUGCGAGUGGGGUCGUGAUUGUUGGGGUGAGAUGGUUUACUACCGUCAACUCAGCGAGAGACUUAACUCCGGUUGGUGGAAGAAGUCCUUCCGCUAAACCUUCAGUUAUGCUCUGGAUAUUCGAGCAGUUUCCUCUCUGUAUAGUCAAAAGGUUGGUGGAGGUUUAACGGCAAAAUUAGAAGUUUUAGCGGAUUAGAGGGUGGAUAGAGUUUUUCUUUCUUUUUCUUAUUAUUAUAUCCCCCCCCUUUUUGGGGGGGAAAUGAGGAAUGAGCCUUCGUUUUUUUUCCUCCCAAGAAACUGUAGGCGUCUUCAGAGAGGGGAAUUUCAUUUUCUUCCUUUUCUAUCUUCUGUUCACUAUACAUACCUUUUCUUCUUGCGAUUGCCAUACCCCUCUGGGUAUAGAUUACUAUAGAGGUUGGAGGUUUUUAGGGAGGCCAAGUUAGUGGGUUAGCAUGUGGGUCUUAUUUUUAUCUUUUCUUUUUUCUUUUCUUCGGUGUAUAAAAUAGAGGUUCUCAACGACUGAUUCAACCACUUC